AUGAGUGACGAUAUUGAAAACCAAUUAAUUGAUAAGUUAAAAACCAGACAUUUUUCAAUACAAAUAGAUGAAUCGACCUUGAGAGACAGUGGGGCUGUAUUGCUGGCAUAUGUACAAUUUAUUGAUGCAGGGCAAUUUUCUGAAGAAAUGUUAUUCUGCGAAAGACUGGAAGACACUACUAAAUCCCAAGACAUAUAUAAUAAGUUAACAAACUAUUUAGAAUUGAAGAACAUAUCUAUGAAAAAUAUAACAUCUUGUGCUGUAGAUGGUGCUCCUAACAUGAUGGGCAAGAAAAAUGGCUGCUUGAAAUUGAUUAAAGAUAUAAAUCCUGAAAUGGUUAUUGUGCAUUGUGUAAAUCAUAAGGAACACUUAGUUGUAAAAAAUAUCUCGCCUGUUCUAAAUGAGGUAUUACAUGCAGUUAUAAAAUGCAUUAAUGCUAUUAAAGCCAGUGCCAAAUCUGAACGUCUUUUUAGGCUGUUUUGUGAAGAGCAAAAUGAAAGCUAUGUGAGACUUUUGCUUCAUACUGAAGUAAGAUGGCUUUCCAAAGGAAAUUGCUUAAAUAGAUUUAUGCAACUCUUCGAUGUUUUAAGUGAAUUUUUAAAUGACAAACCUGAAAUGAAGAUUUUAUUAACUAUCGAUGGUAAAGCGUUUCGAAUAUUGGAGGCAGAAAGUAGAAGAGAACAAGAUAGCAUCUUUUCCAAGGAUUUGAGGUUAAAAUCAUCAAAGUCUGCUGCUGUAGUGUCAAACGUAAUUGGAGCAACUGAAAAAGAAGAUUUAUCUAUAAAGAUAAGAAAUGUAUUAUUUAGUGUUCUAAAUGACGAGUCAACUGACAUUUCUAGGACACAAAAUUUAUGCAUUAUUGUUAGAUUUUAUGAUGCUGAGCCAGGCAAAAUCACCAGUCGCUUCUGGGUGUUGUAUCAGAUUUUUAAUGAAGAAGAUAAAUCAUCUGAAGCAUCAGCAAAAUAUAUUUUUAACUGCGUUGAAAAAUCUUUUCAAAAAUACUCAGUUCCACUCACAAAUAUCAUAGGGUUUGGAUCAGAUGGGUGUGAUACUAUGAUGGGGGAUAAAAAUUCAGUAAGAACACGAUUUGAGCAGAGAUGUCCUGGAAUUUACAUAAUGAAAUGCCUGUGUCACUCAUUACAUCUCUGCGCAAGUAAUGCUUGUUCUGAAUUACCCCCAGAAUGUGAAAAAUUACCACAGCUGGUUCAUAAUCAUUUUUCAGUGAGCUCAAAACGCCAAUAUGCAUACAAAAGAAUUCAAUCGAUAUUGGAUUUGAAACAGCAUAAAGUUUUACAACCUGCUCAGACCUGCUGGUUACCAUGGUUAUUAUGGUGGUAG